AUGGAAAAGAUGUUUUUGAAAUACAAACAGAUGCUAUUAAAUAAGGAGAAAAAGUUGUUAUUAUUGAUGAUAUUUUAGCUACUGGUGGUACUGCACAUGCUGCUUCUAAACUUGUGGAAAAAAUCGGAGGGAAAGUUGAAGCUAUUGCAUUUCUUUAUGAAAUUAAAGGCUUAAAUGGACGCGAGAGAUUAUAAAAUCAUAAUAUAAUUACUCUUCAUUCCGAAUGAUUAAUUUUAAAUAAUAUAAUAAAUAUUAAUGUAUUUGCAUUUUUGUUUUAAUAACUUAUUUACCAAAUUAAAUUGA